GGGCGAUGCCCUGAGAAUCAACGAAGCGAUCCCACCUACUCACAAUUAACUCGGUAGUUAGCAUAGACAGGAUCCGCCCGACGGGCGUUCAAACACGCCUCGCGAACCCCCUUUCAAUCACUUCGUCAAGCACGCACUCAUUCCAUCCAACUUGCACUCAAUCCAUCCAGCUCACACUCAUCCCAUCCAACAUGCACUCAUUCCAUUCAACUCACACUCAUCCCAUAUCCAACUCACACUCAUUCCAUUCAACUUGCACUCAUUCCAUUCAACUCGCACUCAUUCCAUUCAACUCGCACUCAUUCCAUUCAACUCGCACUCAUUCCAUUCAACUCGCACUCAUUCCAUUCAACUCGCACUCAUUCCAUUCAACUUGCGCUCAUUCCAUUCAACUCGCACUCAUCCCAUUCAACUCGCACUCAUUCCAUCCAACUCGCACUCUCUAUUGUCUCUCUUUUCAUCUAACAGGCUCCCCGUACAUUCUAAUCAACUCGCUUUCUAGCUCGUUCUCCGCAUUCCGUCCCCAAAUCUCUCUCCGCCGCAUCCAGCUCCCUCCUCCCUCUCCCUCUCUCCCACCAUCCCACUUUCAGACGUCACAUAUGUCAUGGUGCGCUGAGCUUUUCAAAACUCACCAGCCGUUCCCACCUUUUUUUUGGCUUGCUGUAAGUUGCUCCGCUGACCUCCUUGUGUUUCCAUGCUGUACAGACAGUGCUAUUAGUUUCCGUCAAUGAUCAUUACCGUGUUUUGUUAUUCUAUUUGUCAAGUGGGACCCACGAGGACCACACACGAU